AUGUGCGAGGAGGCUGCUAGCCUUCUCACCUCAAAUAAUAGCUUUCUUCCUCCCCUUGUAAAGGAGAAUGAUGGCUAUUAUGUUAACUCAAUACAUUUACUGGAAUAUCUUGAUAUAGAUAAAAUUUCAGGUUAUGACAAGCACUGUCCUUCUGUGGCUAAAAAUUAUGAAAAACUUUCCUGCUCCGUUUGUGAAAAGUAUUUCUCAACAGCAACAAUGGUUGCUACUCACAAAAAAAGCCAGCAUCCAAACCAAGUUAAACGUGAAAGGCCCAAAAAAGAUGCAGGGCAAGAAUAUUAA